UUGAUCUUCGUCAAGAAUAUCCCGACAUACAUGGCGAAUAGAACGAUCCCAAAGCUCUACAACGAAUACGGGGCAUUCCAUGUAAAGAACGUGUACCCCCAGGCAUCCAUCACCACCGCGGUAGUAUCGUUCCGGACAAAGGAAGAAGCAGCCCGCGCCCAGAAAGAGACUGACGGCAUGCGAUUUCUUGAUGUCAUCUUGCGCGUAGAGAUGUACGAGAAGCACCGGUCAGUGCGCUUCAUUCGUGACAGCGGUCCAGCGCAACGCCCGCUCGGAGCCAUUGAGGACGAUGACGAGGCGACUUUGGAAGAAGAAGUAGCAUUCGAUACGAAACACAGAUAUACCCCGCCUCUCGAUGUCGUUGCCUCAACCCUCCCAAACGAUGCACCGAAGGGCAUGACGUGGGCUCAUGUUGCUGCAGACAAGGGUGCGCUCACCGUCAUGUCUCCACCAAGUACUCCAGAAGCAGCCCUCUCGGAGAACAAAAUUGUUACUUCGUCAACGCCGGUAACUACGCCACGCACCAAAGUCGCCGUACCGCACAUUCUGUUCGCCCCGAGCCCUGCGCAAUCCGACCACCACCGGCUUAAGACGUAUCUUGACCGGACUGCGCCUUCUAACUUCACCUUCGUCCCAUCACUGGCCGCUAGAGGAAACAAUAAACCAUACAAUGCCGAUACCAAGAGUACUAGCAAGCUGAACAAUCCAUUUGGCGCCGUGGGACAGGCCAUGGACGUUCCACGACACACUUCUGUAUGGAAGCCGAUUGAUACGGCGGAGCUUAUUCGCCAGAGGCAUUGCCAAGGGUGCUCCUUCUGCCAGUUGAGGACACGU